GCUAAGAGAGAAUUGAAGAUGAGUGGCACUGGCAUAGCUGAAAGAUGGAGGGUUCUGAGUGGGAGUGAUAACUGGGAUGGGCUUCUGGAGCCUUUGGAUUCGGAUCUCCGCGGCUACCUCAUUCACUACUUAACCAUGGUUGUACCCACAGGAGAAGCUAUCAUAACUGACCCAGCUUCCAAAAAUAUUGGAUUGUGCAGAUACGCCAGGAAAAACCUCCUCUCCAACACAGGACUUGUCAAGGGAAACCCCUUCCAAUAUGAAGUCACCAAAUACAUCUAUGGAACAUCAGGAAUCUCAACCGGAGUUACAAGCGGGUAUGAUGUGAGGCCAGUGCGAGCGGAUGCAGUGCUAAAGGACUCAAACUGGAAUGGCUAUGUUGCUGUGGCCACGGAUGAAGGAAAAGUUGCUUUGGGACGACGAGACAUUCUGGUUGUUUGGAGGGGAACAACGCGACCCUUAGAGUGGAGUGAUGAUUUCGCAUUCCUUUUUGUUAAUGCGCCAUUAAUCUUUGGCCAAAACUCUCAUCCUCUCAGUCCUUUGGUGUUUAAGGGUUGGUACGAUAUGUAUACCACCGUCAAUCAAGAUACCCAACAGAGUGCCAGAGAUCAGGUUCGUGAAGAAGUUGCAAGACUUGUUGAGUUAUACAAAGGCGAAGAACUUAGCAUAACCGUGACAGGGCACAGCUUGGGUUCAUCCAUGGCAACACUGAAUGCAACAGACAUGGCUAUCAAUCCAUUCAGACCGGACAUUCCUGUCACUGCUUUCUUGUUUGCAAGUCCCAAAGUAGGGGACGUGAAUUUUAAGGAUGCUUUUGCAAACCAACCGAAUCUCAGAGGCUUGCGAAUCGCCGAAGUCAAUGACAUUGUUCCAACAAUUCCAGAAACUGGAUGGACAGUUGAAGGCGUCACACUGCCAUUAAUACCUUACCAAGAUGUGGGAGUGGGUUUUAUGACUCAAUCUAGAAAAUCAGAGUUUUUGAAACCUGCGGUCAGCUUGCCAACACUAAAGGGGUAUCACGAUUAUAAUAUUUAUAUGCAUGGAAUUAAUGGAUUCCAAGGCUCUGAAGAAGCGUUCCAGCCUCAAGGAGAUUUUGAUUUUGCCAAAAUUAAUAAGUAUCAAGAUAUUUUGAAAGAUGAAUAUAGUAUACCCGUGGCCUGGUGGAAUGUAAAAGAUAAAGGGAUGGUUCAGCAAGAGGACGGGAGUUAUAUUCUUGAUGAUCGCGAAGUGGAUGGGGACUUUUAAACUAAAACCGUACCAUGAAAUUUCUACUUAUUUAUGAUGAAUUGAAUGUGCUUAAUUGCUUUAAUUUGAAUAAGACAACCAGUGUGGCUGAAUGUAUAUGCAUA